CCGUCUUGAAACUCUUCGCAUUUCUUUAAACAAAUAGUAGACACCAGUGGCUUACUACACUCAUACUACAAAGGCGAAAAACGAAGUUGGAGAUGAACGUAUAUAAUUUUCUGAUGCUUCUCAUUGUUGCCGCAACAAUGAAGAGUGUUAAAUGUUGGUCUAUAGAAAACCAGAGUCCUCUGCUUUACAAUCUGCCCCCUCCAAUACCGGUCAACUGCUCUGAGGAUGCGACGUAUUGUGAGAAUGUUGAGUAUUACCCGGAGGACCUCAUCGCAUGGGCUGUUGGGACGAAGUAUCGUGAAUUCUUUCAGCAGUCUGAGCGAGUAUCUGAACCACCAUUGAGAAAUGAAAGCGAUGUUCUAGUUUGUGAUGGAAAAAAGCUAACUGUCUACCCUAAAGCAGUCAAAGAUGAGGAACGUAAUUGGCAGUACCUUGUAAACACCGUCUACCAUCGCCAACCAAUUGAAGUUAAUAAAUGCAGGGAAGAAGAUUUCUCUUAUUGUAAAGCACAAAAUAACUUGCCUCCAGGGUACACCAUCAAGUGUGUGAAUAGAACCUUCAAGCAGAAAAUGGUUGUCAUUAGAGACGGACAACCUUUUACCGGUUCUUUCAGUUUUCCACAUGAUUGUAAGUGCUAUAUCUUAAAAAGCGACACUGGGGACGAACCUGACCCGAACAACUCAACUACUGACUAAUACCAAGCAUUGAGGUAUACUCUUGUACUAGCUCAGAAGCGAGGGUUACUCUGCUUUCUCUCUCUCUUUUAUUGCCGUCUGAUAAUUCUGAUGCUUUUGUUGUGUAAAACGUUAUAUGUCCAAAACAGGAAGCAAAUUUAUCGAUGAUAUAUUUUGUGUUUUUUUCUUAGAGCUGUUAUAUAUAUAUAUAUAUUACUAGAUUAAUUGCUUUAAAUGCAUAAUGAAAUAAUAUAAUAUAAAUUUAAAUAAUGUUUUAUGAUAUUAAAAAUUUCAUUCCUUAUCAAUAAAGAACGAAAAUAAGAACCCUCUAAUUUGUUAAAAUUAAUGUAUCUGGUCUGUAAACAUGGUCUUUUACGGCGGAAUUUUUUUUUCCGAAUCCAGUGAAGUCUGCAAAAUGAGGAUAACUAAGCCUAAAUUUGGAAAGAAAAGUGGGCUCACAUAAUUUAAACACGACCGCGUUAUUAUUUUUUGUAUAAUCUACACACUAUAUCUCAAUAUGCGAAAUUUGACUAGCUGCAUGAGAAGACAAAAUAACUGUAAAAAUCACGGUAUCAAGAGACGAAAAAAAUCUCAGGUUACAGAAUCCAGCUUCGAUUGUGUUAUUGUUGACAGACUGAGUAAAUUGGACCAUUGUUUCUUAGUGGACGCAACAUGAGUACAAGAAUUCUGCAACUUUUUACAUUUCAUCCGUCAUGAGUUUCAUUUGCAGCUGUUCGUAAAGUUGAUUUUAAGCAGUGCAUUCGACAUGUUGACCUUUUAUCACGAACUUUUCAGCUUUUACUUGUUUUUUUUUCCCUUCUUUUUUGGGUCACCAACUUUCCAUAAUAGGCAAAAAUGCAUAAGAUAAAUAUUGUUAACAUAUUUUCUAACUGAUCUCCGGACUGGAAAUCUGGAACAAUGCAUAACUUUAUUAUUGUAAAAACCAGAAUGGAUUUCAUUUCUAAUCUUUAAAAUAUUAAAUUACUUUAUAUUUGUACAUUUCCUUACUUUGCGACAUCUAUUUGUUCUCUCAUUUGUCCUAUAUAAACAUACUUCGAAAUGCGGAACAGAUUCGUACUUUGGACACACGAAUUUAAUUUCUAAUUGCAAUACACAUGUUUUAUCCAGCUCCAUUCUCUGUUUUGCAGAAAAGUAAUUAUGUUCUCAAUUGUUGAAUAAAAACUUUCUUCUUCAUUACUUUGUCUUCCAAAUGAAAUAA